GGAGCAGAGACAGAAAGCCUGCUGAGACUGGACUUGGCAGGAUCUUUCUAGAAGCCGUGCGGAGGGAGAGGAGGACAGGAAGAGGGAGCUGGGGAGAAUUUGGCUAGCCAGACCCCUCCCCCCGCCCAGGGCAGGUGCGACGCUGCACUGCUGGAAGAAAUGAAGUUGGUCCUCGGGCUCCUGCUGUGCCUGGCAUGGCCCAUGCUCCAUGCAAACAACACCCUGACCGGCAAACAAAUAUUUCUGAUGUGUCACGUGUGUGAGGAGAUCAAUAACUUUGCCUGCAAGAAUCCAGAGAGGUGCAAUGCAGGAGAUGCAUUCUGCAUCACCGUGGGUACUAGACUGACCAAUCGCCACAUGAUUAUUUCCAAACAGUGCCAUAAGGUCUGCCCAUUUUUGGAUUACUACUACCAAAAAUUCUCACGUGAGGAAGAAAGUCCACGUGCUUUUGUUUAUGCCCGUUGUUGUGCUGAGAAUUUAUGCAAUGCUGGCACCCCCUCCACCUCAGAGGGUGAUGGAGACCUCUAUAGCCAAUAUAGUGCGCAAGGCACUGCCAGCCAGAGGGCCAGCAACACGGGGCUAGUGAUGUUUCUAAGCUUCCUGACUGCCCUACUCCAGGCUAGGAAGACUCUCUGCCUCCUGUGACAUUGGACUGUAUUUUCCGGAAGCCCAUGCAGUUGAUUGGCUCUUGGACACUUCCUCUGCCUGGAGAAAUCUGUCUUUAAGAAGCUUCUACCAAAAGAAUAAAAUAAAAUGUAAUAAAUAUACUGCUUAAGGGAUUAAAAAAACAUUAUCACU